CAUCAUUUCAAGUGCAUAACCAUUACACUAUAUGCAGAUAAUUUCAGGUGCGGUUGUUGCCGGUGUUGUUGGCACAAAGAUGCCUCGUUAUUGUCUAUUUGGUGAUACGGUAAACAUCGCCGAGCGCCUAGAGAGCGAAGGCCAAGCUGAUCGCAUUCAUAUAAGUAAUACUUCCCACGACUUAUUAAAAGAGCUUGGGGGGUUUUAUAUGACAGACAGAGGAGAAAUUGAAUUACAGGGCAAAGGUCGUUUCCAUACAUACUGGCUGAAUGGGAAAGAUGGGUUCGAACCAGGAGCCGCUGCUGAUGGUGAUCAACUUAUCAAUGUGCCAUCAUCUACUAAACACACACGGCGAUGAAAUAUACUAUUGCAUUUGCUGAUCCGUAUACUAAUUUCUGUACAUGUACAUUACUUUAUGAUGUGUGUUUGUAUUUUCUAACAAUUGUAACUUUUCAUCCAAUCAUAACGAUUUUUGCUUAUUGGUGUCAAUGUGAGUAUGCUGUAUUUCAGUGAUAAAUAAUGAGUGUAAAUACGAAAGUUUUUUUUUUUUAAUUAUCAUAGAAGUAUUCAUAAUAUGUAAUUGAACAAACUACAAACUAGCUCGCUGUGGAUUUCAGAUGAAAUUUUAUUAACGUUCUG